GAAUAGUGGAAGUUGUGUGAUUUUAAUUUUAAAUUUAAUUUCAAUUUCGUAGGAAAGAAACAAAAUACUUUUUAUUUUAACUUUCUCAGAUAACAUAUUUAUUCUGAGUUUAUUGUCUUUUAUAAUUAUUUUUAUUUUAUUUAGUUUUGUUGACGAUUUUCUGCAAUCAAAAUGCAAGAAACCGUUACAAACACAAAUGAAAGAAAAUCAUUAUUUUCCUCGUUCCUCGAGGUUCUUGAGGCCAGGGAAAAGCAAGCACAAGCAGACAGGCAGCUACAAGAGGAGAAAUAUCUGAUGAGGACUCAAAGAAUAUAUGAUUUUCAUGACCGUCAACGCCGCGAGGCGGUGGAGCUCCGCCGCUGCCUGGACUACGUGUCGUCUCACGCGCACGUGCUGGAGAGCGUGCUGCGCGGCGGCGGCGACGGCGGCGUGCCGCUCAGCGCCGCGCUGGUGCGCCAGGCGGCGGCGCUGCAGCGCUGCAUGGCGCAGUGCGUCGCCAACGCGGCGCGCAUCCGGCAGCUGCUCACAGCCACGCACCAGCCCCAGAUGGACACUAUGCUUGCUAAAAUGGAAGCAGAGCUGAGCACGUGGACAGCGUUCCUGCAGCGCGCGGUGGACGCCACCUACAACACGGAGGUCGUCAUCGACAACCUGCACAACCUGAUCGCUGAGCAACGUCGCUGCGUGCGGGAGGUGUCUUCGAGUACGGUGUUCGCAUCACUUUGCACCGAGUCAGCCGAAGCGACCCCGGCGUCUGCGGCCGCGGCCGCGGAGUCCCCGCUGGAGCGGCGCGCGCCGUCCGCGGCCUGCAGCACGCCCAUCGCCCGGGACUAGCGCCCGCCAACCGCCAGCUGCGCCGCGCUCUGCUGGAAAAUGUUCAGAAACUCUUAAAUCGCUAUAGAACCAGUGCUUUUUCUUUGUCAGAUUUUCAAAUUUUUGGUGAUAAGAUGAACUAUCUCAAAGUACUCUUUCAAAUAAAAAGCAGUACGUGUGGUUGCUUUGCAGAACAACACCGAAUGGUGUUGUUCAACAUUGACUUUAUAAUGAAUUUUAUAAAACUUUCGCCUUCAUUGUCUUCUUGGGUGAUUGAUUGAUGUCUCAGUGAUAAAACUUGCAGUUUCUGUUUCGUCGUAAAAAAGUUGAAACAGUAGACAGAUCUGCAGCAGAUCUGCUAUUUUACUGCAAUAUUUUUAUAUUUUAUAACAUUUGCAUAUAUGGGUAUAUAAAUUGACGUAUGUGAGUAAGAUUAUUCUGUAUCGUUAUCGAUGGGCAAAAGCAUAAAAACACUCGAGACGACUGGCGCCUAUUUUUAGUGACGUUCGAAAAGAUCUGGCUGGAGCUGCUACGCGUGUGUUGAGGAAAUAAGAGGGCCUUGUAAUAGCGUUGGUAACAGAAGCGAGUACCAAUGCAAUGAGUACUACUACAGCACUGCCUUACGCGUGUUCAAAUCGCGCAAACUGCCGACAAGUCUCUGCGGGAGCUACUGCACUUUUGGAUAAUCUACUCAGUAUAAUAAUACUAUGAGGAUUCUUAGAAACUUGACAACAUAAUAGAAGCAAUAUUUGUUGUCAUACAAUCAAUAAUUUUUCUUUUUAAAGUCAACUGCCCUUUUAAGAACAUGUGAUACUUCUUUGGUUGGACUGAAAUAAAACCAAAAUUAACUUUGGUUGUUGUCAAGUGUAAGCUCCCGCGUUGACCUUUAGUAUUAUAUUAAAAUAAAAUAUUUAUGUAAGUUUUAGAUUAUUAAGUGUUUUUCAUAUGCUGGUUUGAUGUCUACAUAAGUUUUAUAUAUUUAUCUAUGUCUGUUCAUCUUAAAAGUGUUUUUGGAAGAUUAAGAUUUUGGGGUCUGAUUAUGAUUAUGACCAUCGUCAUGGUGGAAUAAUUUUAUAUAAAAAAUAUAAUAAAGUUCAGAUAUUCGGAAUUUGUAUUUGGUAAUAUUUUGGUGUUGUUGUAAACCUGCUCUAUAAAGGUUUCUUAUGCUGUAAAUAGCAGUAAAAGUGGGCGGCUCGGCUGGUAUUAGGGCGGGCCAGUCCAACCAGGCGGUCGCCCAGGGUACCUCUCUUACAGUUCAAUGUACUGUAUGCCUGAUACCGGAUAAGUAUUCAUCAUUGGGCUGGUUUUCAUCAUAUAAGAAUAUCCAACAAAAAUUUCAAUUAUUGUCAAUACAGAAGCGGAAUUGUAUUCUGCGGCAAGUAUGUUAAUAAUUAUAAAUUCGUAAAUAAAUAGUAGAAAAGAAGAUGUCUUCCCUUCUGAAAUAUCAUCUAUCAUCAUACUGUCUCAUUCAUUCUAUCGAUGUUAUGGGCAAAGGAAUAAAGUUCUUGAGUAGAGAUUAAUAGGAAAGUUUUUGAUAAUUCUACAAUGCUACUCUAGCGAUCUCAUGUUUAUAACUUAGUAUAAAAUAGUUAUAUAUGAGGCGGUUUAACGAAAUGCAAUACAAUUCGAAUAUUUAUAAUCUGCUGAGCAGAGUAUAUGAGAGCCUUACUUAUAUAUAAAUGUGUGCUGUAUAAAGAUACCACGUGGCCAAAUUUUGUGUAGUCGAGCCUUCGUCGCUUGUUUGGGAUGGAAUCUAUUUAAUAUACGUAUUUUUAUAUUUAAUCGUUACCUUCUCAUAUUCAUCAUUUUGUAAUUGUUACUCUAUGGUAAAUGUUAUGGUAGGUUUAAAUAAAAUUUCAAUAUUUCUAGAUGUUGUCAUUUUGAUUAUGAUAAACAAUCAUGGAGGUUGUGUAUUUAUUUUCUUUCCUGUUCUAAAGAAGUCUGAACACAUUUUUUGAUACAAGUUUGUUCAGGUGGCUGAACAAACAUUAAUAUUCUCGCUCCUCAUACAUUAAAUCCUAAUAAAUAAAGUAGUAUAUAUAUACACAGCCAGUAUUCUUCAUCUGCUCAUGUGAUAUGUCAACGAACGUAUAAUGUAAAUGUAUUCGUGUUAAAUUUUCUAAUAAUUAUGCUUUUAUUGAUGGGACCUUUGAUGUUAUUGUUGUCAUGAAAUUUUUAUACCAGCAUGUUCUGUGACACUGCCAUGGGAUGGAAGUCAGUGGAACUUCUUAUUCGUCCCACAUUAGUGAAGCGAGUCGGUGCGCUAUGCCGAUCAGCACCAUGUUGGGCGCCAAAGUGGCCUGAGGAAAAGAUGUUAUAUCACUGUUGUGUAUUCUAUUUAGCUAAACGACAUGUAAAUGUUUAUAAUUUAUAGAUAUUGAUAUUCGCUAAAGUAGCUCGUGAGAUUGUUAAACUAACGGUAGCGACAAAUGUAUAUGUAAGUGUGAAGGCUUAAGAAAAAAGCAGCGACUCAUCAUUAUUGGUUCUUUAAUGCAGUUCAAUAAAGCAGAAGUAAACGGCUUUCUAAAAAAGAAAUACAUUUAGUGCAGUCGCGCUUUUCGCUGUAUAAGUGAAAUCGAAUAUGCCUUACUAUAUAUAAUUACUUUUUACUCGUGUUGUGCUCUCACCUUAUUAAAUGUAAUUAAUUUUAAAUAAUGUUUCGCGUAAAUUUUGUUAUCUCAAAUACUUACGUUUACACGAUAUCUUGUUAUUGGAAACAAUUUUAAUGAUAUGUCAAUCACAGGUAAACCUAAUUAUGUUGUUUAAUGUUAAAAAAAGUAGAGUUUAAGUUGAAGGCUGACCAAAAAGAUGAAAUUCGUCAUGAUGCGGUUAAUUUGAGCACCAUAAUAAAUAUUCAGAACUAAAGAAACUAGGAAUGAGAAAAUUGGGUGCGAUGCAAGCCGACGACAUCGUCUUAUUAGGACGGUUUUAUCUUUCUGGUCGGGAUAUAAAGCAGUCUCAAUUACACAUUCCAAUUCACGCGUGCGAUCCACGUAUGAAAAAAAUAAACA